CCUCCCCGAUCCAUCAUGGCAGCCAGGCACCUUCCCGAGACCUUUCGGAAACUUAUAAUAUCCAAACUUUCCACAAAUUACAGAGAGGCUGCAGAGCUGGUGACGGUGCCCAUGUUGAAGCCAGGACCGGAUGAGUUACUCGUCAAAAACAGAUAUGUUGGGAUUAAUGCCUCAGAUAUAAACCAGUCUGCUGGUCGAUAUAACCCAGGGGUACCCCCACCAUUUGAUGGUGGACUAGAGGGUAUUGGAGAAGUUGUGUUAGCUGGUGAGAAAUGUGAAAACUUUCAGAAAGGUCAGGCAGUUGGAUAUCUCCAGUUUGGAACCUUCUCGGAAUAUAUGACCAUAUCCUCAAAACAAGCAUUUCCACUUCCAAGAGUGGAUCCUGUGUAUGUCUCAUUAAUCAUCAGUGGCCUGACUGCUGGCAUUGCUCUUGACAAGGUUGGUGAAAUUAAAAGGAAUGAAACAGUUUUGGUGACAGCGGCUGCUGGAGGAACUGGUCAGUUUGCGGUUCAACUUGCAAAGUUGGCAGGAUGUCACGUGAUUGGCACAUGCUCGACAGAUGCGAAAGGAGAAUUUUUAAAGUCUCUUGGGUGGGAUCGACCGGUAAAUUACAAGAGAGAGGUAUUAGAUGAAGUCUUAAAGAAGGAAUUUCCGAAUGGUGUGGAUGUUGUGUACGAAUCCAUUGGAGGAGAAAUGUUUGACACAUGUGUAAACAGGCUGGCUACAAAGGGUCGCUUAAUAACGAUUGGCUUCAUCACAGGGUACCAGUCCAAGUUGGGAUUCACCCCGGUCAAAAAUGCAACUUUGAUUCCCAAGCUUUUAUCCAAAUCAGCAAGAGUUCGUGGUUUCUUGUUAUUUCACUAUGCUGAAGAGUUUAAAUCAACUCUGGCUAAGCUUGUGGAUUUGUACGACGGUGGGAAGCUUAAAUGUCACAUCGACGUUGGACACUCAUCACCAACAGGAGUCUUCAAAGGUCUGGAUUCAAUAUCGGAUGCGGUCGAGUAUUUGCAUAGCGGGAAAAGUUCUGGCAAAGUUGUGGUGGAGAUACCAGAUGACCCAAAAAGCCUUCUAUGAAGAAAAACAAUGGCUUAAGCAAGACAUUUAUUAAGCCGCGGUAAAUGGCAAAAAUAAACUAUGAUUUUUCCGAGUUUUCGUAUAAUCUUCAAAUCAACACUGCACUAGACGAAAUAAGCCAAAAUCUUUUCUUUUUACCGUUAGGCAAGUAUAAGAAUGCGCUUUGCCGUUUGUACGUCAACGUGGGCUAUAAUUGAUUUUGAAUAAAAACAAACUUACCUCGCUCUA